AGAUCCACCUGGGGGAGAGGCUCUUUCCCGCGACCUUGGAGGAAGCCAGUGUGCGCUUGCUUCUCGUCCAGUCAUGAACGUCGGUCUGCUGACGGCCGGUGUCAUGCAGCAUCAGCAGCACAUGGGGCCGCCGCUCUCGAUGGCCCUGCCAUCGCAACAACAGCACCAUCCUAUGAACCAGCAGCAGCAGGGCGGUGGCAGGACGCCCGGCGUCGAACACAUCAAACGCCCCAUGAACGCCUUCAUGGUGUGGUCCCGCGCCCAGCGCCGCAAGAUCGCCCUGGAACACCCCAAGAUGCACAACUCGGAGAUCUCCAAGCGGCUCGGCGCGGAGUGGAAGCAGCUGAGUGAGGACGCCAAGAGACCGUUCAUUGACGAAGCCAAGAGGCUCCGCGAGCAGCACAUGCGCGAUCACCCGGACUAUAAGUACAGGCCCAGGAGGAAGCCCAAGCCGCCGGCACCGAAGAAGCCGGACGCGCCGUACCCGUUCGCGAUGCCCGCCUACAUGCCGGGCGGAAUAGAGCACUGCAGGGCCUACUUGCAGCAACACCAGCAGCACAUGAUGAUGAACGUGCCGUCGCCGCCGCUGUACCAGGAAGACAAGCGCAACGCAUCCUCGCCGCAGUCGUCCAGCAGCCCGCUGCCGCCAUCGGCGUACGUGUCUUACCCUGCCGACGUGAAGCCCUUCUCUGCCGAUGUGAAGCCGUUCUCUGCGCCCACGUACAAGACCGCCGAACUCGGACACGCGUCCAUCUACGCCGGACUCUACGGUGCUGGUCCAGGACAGGCCGGCGGACUCAUGUCCGCGGGGUCCUCGGCGAUGGCGGCGUACCCGACGUCGGCUGCCGCUGCGGCCGCUUACAUGUACAGCUGUGGGCCUAAUGGUUACGCCGCGGCAACCCAGGACCAGCGAAGAACUGUUCCAGUCAUCUUCUGAGCUACCUCGUAGGCCUGCCCUCUCAUCGACUGACGACAAUGGCCAGCCUCGACGAUCCUCGUCGCUGAUCUCUCUGGACUGCCAGCUGCUCUGUGAUAGCGGAGCCUCGCGCUCUCGGACAGUGCCUCUCCCGGACCCUGCGGCCUCCGUCGCAGCAGACGGGAUACGUUGCUGCAACUCGACAAUCCUCCUGUUGCCGUUUUUAACUGUUGUUAACUGUACAUACGGUACCGAAGAAAGUGAUAAUAAAGUGCCCUUCUAUCUCCCA